AUGCUUGCAUCAAUCCGCUUCAUGGUAUACCUUCUUCUUGUCUGUCUGCCAUGGACGAUGGGCCUGCGUCAGUUCAGACAUGACAGCAAUUUCCAACCAGACUAUAUUCUUCGAGUCGGUGAAGAGACUACAUCGGCUGCCUGUCGGACGAGGUUGUCUGCUGUAGUAAACGGAACGACGCCAGGACCAACACUCUAUAUGAAAGAAAACCAGACUACUUGGGUUAGAGUUUAUAAUGACUUUCGGUCGGAAAAUUUAACUAUGCAUUGGCAUGGCUUGAGCCAAUCGGUCUCCCCAUGGUCAGAUGGUACGCCUCAAGCCAGCCAGUGGCCAAUUAAGGCCCAGCAUUUCUUCGACUACGAGAUUCGACCACAGAUCGGAGAAGCUGGCUCGUAUUUCUAUCAUUCUCAUAUUGGAUUUCAGGCAGUAACCGCCACGGGACCUUUAGUUGUUCAUGAAGCGGGUGAAAACUCUCCUUAUGAUUAUGAGAGCGAGAAGAUAAUCUUCCUGUCCGAACUUUUCAAUUGGACAGAUGCGACAGUCCAGAAAUAUCUGACGGCUCCAAUUUCGGAGUUUGGAUGGACUGGAGAAGCAGCAUCUAUCCUCGUCAACGGAAACGGAUACCUCGGCCUCCCUGCCAACGAGACUGAAACAUCCAAACCUUGGGCAAAGCCAGACCUAUCUGCCGAAAAGCCAUGCAGCCCAGAGAUAAUCGAAGUCGAGCCGGACACGACCUAUCGUUUCCGCACCAUUGGUGGCGUUUCUCUCAGCCCUCUAGUUCUUGCGUUUGAAGACCAUGACAAUUUGACAAUUAUCGCUGCCGAUGCAAGGUAUACGCAGCCUGCGAGCACAGACCUAAUCCAAAUAGCAUCGGGACAGCGAUAUGACUUUAUUAUACAUACAAAAUCAGAGGAAGAGCUGCAAGAUCUAGGUAAAAGCAUGUUCUGGAUGCAGAUCGAGACGCGAUAUAGAGAUCUAAACGACACGUUUUACGCUAUCUUGUCGUACAAGACCAACGCGAGUCUAAAUACUACGGUACCACCUUCUCCCCCUACCGAAAAGCCUGUUGAUAUCCCAUUUCAUAAUCAAGACUGGUUAGAAUACACCUUACAGCCGCGGGAACCGAAUGGCUUUCCAACAGCCGAUCAAGUGACUCGGCAAGUGGUCCUGGUUUCGUCGCAAAUCAUUGCCCAAAGCGGUGCAUUCUGGACAGUGAAUAAUCGCACAUGGACGGAGGACAACCAACAUGAGGGGGAAAACCCAUUCAAUGACAGGAACCCAUCAGCCGACACCCCUUACCUAGUCGAUGUGUACCGGCGCGGAGAGCGUGCCGUACCAAAUUAUGAGACUGCAGUUCAGAAGCAUGGCGGGUGGGAUCCCGACCUCAAUGUCUAUCCAGCCAAGAUAGGUGAGGUCAUUGAUAUCAUCCUGAUCAACGAACCAAACGGUGUAUAUGGAGGUUUUGAUACCCAUCCGUGGCAUAUUCACGGCGACCAUGUAUACGAUCUUGGCUGUGGAUCUGGGACGUACAAUGCCACUGAGAAUGAGGAGCGGUUGAAAGGGUAUAAUCCGAUCCAGAGAGACACUAGUCUUUUAUUCAAGUAUGUUGAUGGAGACGAAGUCGGUGCCGGACACAAUUAUACUUGCCAAGGAUGGAGGGCAUGGCGAGUCAAAGUCCAGAACCCUGGUGUUUGGAUGAUACAUUGUCAUAUCCUUCAACAUAUGAUCAUGGGUAUGGAAGCUGUUUGGGUGAUGGGCAAUGCAUCUGAGAUAACUCGCGGCACGACACCAGAGCUCGUCGAGGGUUAUCUUAGUUACGGGGGAAAUGCAUAUGGAAACUCAAUAUUCGAUCCGUUAGUAAGUCACUACUUUGACGAUUGA